UUGAAUUUAUUCAAAAAUUAGUUAUUUCGACAUUUCUAAUACUAAUUAGAAAUCUCAUAGUUUGUAAUUAACUUAAAAAAAUAAACCAACAAAUAAUUUGAACCAAAUAUGCCAAAAACAUAAUUUACUGAUUAAUUGUGCGAAAAAAUAAGCAAUCAGAACUUCCCAGUUGCCAAUAAAUAAUUUGACCCGCAAAUUUUCGAAUAUUGCAAAAAAAAUUAUUUAUUAAUUAAAUUGUGCAAAAAAUAAGAAAUCAAAAUUUUCACCAAGUUCCAUUAUGGAUCCGUUCUUCGCUAAAAAAGUUACGAAAAAACCAUCAAAGUAUUUCAUCUCAAGGCUUAUCUUUACCCUCAAGUUAUCAUUACUGCUUAUCGUACCCCUUAAUACUGUUAGUGCCGUCAAUAUAACGGAUGGCUUUACGAAUCCCACAGUGUUUAAGAGAUUUGAAUACCUAUAUUCCUUCAAAGGACCUUAUCUUUCGCAGCUAGAUGGUUCCAUCCCGUUCUGGGAGAGGAGAGGAAACGCUCUCCCGCAUGAUUCAAACAUACGCGUGACCCCAAGUUUGCGAAAUCAACGAGGCGCCGUCUGGACUAAAAACAUGACAACCUUUCCAAAUUGGGAGGUCGAACUAAUAUUUCGAAUUUCCGGUCGUGGUAAAACGGGCGGAGAUGGGUUGGCAUUUUGGUAUGUGGCUGAAAAACCAGAAGAUUCCGUGGCCGGUUCCGUAUUCGGGGGAUUUGACGGGGCCUGGGAAGGUCUCGGCCUGUUCUGGGAUUCUUACGAUAACGACGCCAACUUUAAUAAUCCCGCCAUAAUCGCGAUUAAGAAUGAUGGGAGCAAGGUUUAUGAUAAUGAUAAAGACGGACACGGUCAAUAUUUUGGCUCAUGCACGAAAGAUUUUCGCAACAAAAUGUUCUAUUCACGGGCGAGGAUUACGUAUAAUCAGAAGUCGUUGUUGUUGUACACGUCCAACGGGAGGACGCGAGAACCCAGUGAUUUGGAGUAUGAACCAUGUUUUUACACUUGGAAUAUCUCCCUCCCCGAAUUCGGAUAUUUCGGAGUUUCUGCCUCCACAAGCGGCAGAGUCGCGGAUGAUCACGAUGUCGCAAAAUUCCUCACUUUCAGCAUCCCCACGAUACAGCCAUCCCCCAGUGGAAAGGAGGAAACUGGGGUCGACCCCACCUUCGUGCUGGAUGACGAGGACGAUAGCGAAUCAGAAACUGCUCAAUAUAAAAAAUCGUUUAAGGAAUAUCAAGAAAAAUUGAAGAAAGUUAAAGAAGCAUAUCUUCUCGAGCAUCCCGGCGAGAAAGAGAAACAUCACAAUACCGGAGAACCCGACGAUGACGCUGAAUACGAGACGGAUGACGAAUACGUUAGCGAGGUUCGCUCAAUCUUCAAGGAACAAGGCGCCACCCGCGCGGCGCUUGCCAGCGCGGAGAAAGCGCUGCAAGACGUGCUUCAAAAACAUGAAACCAUUUCCCUCGCGGUUGUCCAGUAUCAGGCAGCAAUGCGGCAAAAUGUCGGAGGAGGUCCUUCCGUACCGAUUACGACUGGCGUCACGCAACCCAACGUACUGCAACGGGUCGAAGUUGAUGAGCUCCUCCGGUCAAAUCGGGACUUAUUAAAGAUCAUUUCCGAGAUUAAAAAUCUGGCAGAUGAACUUGAGAGGAAAUCAAAGUCGAAUCUUGAACCUCCAGAAUUUCCAGGAAUCCCUUCCGCGAACACGGAAAUUAAACAGGUAAUUCUAGAAAUCGAGGCGCUCCAAUCCGGCCUGCGCUCGGUUGCGGAAAGGUUUCCCCUGACGCCACCACCUCCUCGGAACGCCAUCAACUCGUCUUCGUCCCCCUGCACGUUUUGCAUCUCGACGAAAAUGUUCGUUUUGCUAAAUGCUCUUCUAACCCUGGUCAUCCUGGCCUGUCUUAUCUACAAGGAUAAGAAACACGAAAAGCUACUCAAGUCAUCGUCGUCGUCGUCAGAUUAUAGUCCAUCGCUUGAAACGACCCCCCACCAUUCCGGACCCAGUAAUCGGUUCCACUAUUAAAAAUGUAUCUUAUCAGUCAAACAGAAUAAAUAAAUGAAAAUAAAAAAUCAAGGAUUUAGCGUAAAACUGAUCUAACUUA